UUUUCAGAAAGGGAGAAUAUCCUCCGUCUUCUUCCAUCCCUCUCACUGUGUACAAGCAUCCAAAUAAGUUUCACCUUUUAGCUGUUGAUUCUACUUGAAUCUCCUACAGAAGGAUAAUUUAGGGUCCAACUAUUUUGGUGGAGUGUCCAAGUCAUGAGAGACAAUGCCUGUAUAUACUAAGGACUUGGAUUCAGCAUUCCAGACUGCAGGAGCAAAGCCAGGCAUAGAAGUUUGGUGUAUUGAGAACCAGCAUUUGGUUUCGGUGCCACACUCCUGCCAUGGGAAAUUCUAUACUGGAAGUGCAUACAUAGUUUUAAAUACAGUGUUCCCUAAAAGUGGUCCACCUCAGCAUGACCUACAUUAUUGGCUGGGAAAUGAUGCAAACAAGGUUGACUCAGCCUUGGCAUCGGACAAGGCACUUGAGCUGGAUGCAGCCUUAGGAUCUUGUAGUGUUCAAUACAGAGAAAUUCAAGGCCAAGAAUCACAGAAAUUUCUAUCUUAUUUCAAGCCUUGUAUUAUACCUAUUGAAGGCGUAUUUACUUCAAAGGAAGGGAACUUAAGUGGUGAAUACCAAGUCAGUCUGUACUCAUGCAAGGGAGACCAUGUUGUUCGUGUGAAAGAAGUGCCUUUCCUACGGUCAUCAUUGAAUCAUGAUGACGUGUUCAUACUUGACACUGCAUCAAAAAUUUUCCUCUUCAGUGGGUGCAACUCUACCAUACAAGAAAGAGCAAAAGCUUUGGAGGUCAUUCAGUAUAUUAAAGAGAAUAAGCAUAAUGGAAACUGUGAAGUGGCAACAAUAGAGGAUGGAAAAUUUGUUGGUGACUCUGAUGUGGGAGAAUUCUGGAAUUUAUUUGGUGGUUAUGCUCCCAUUCCUCGUGAAUUGCCUUCUGCUCAGGAACAACCCGUUGAUUCAUCUAUAAAACUGUUCUGGAUAAAUUUACAGGGAAAGCUUUGUCAAGCUGGAAAAGAUGCUUUGAGCAAAGAAAUGCUUGAGACAGACAAGUGUUAUAUGUUGGACUGUGGUACUGAGAUUUAUGUGUGGAUGGGAAGGCAAACCCUAUUGACAGAAAGAAAAACAUCAAUUUCAGCUGUAGAAAAUUUCCUCAGAAAUGAAGGCAGAUCAAAUGGUACCCAUUUGACAUUUUUAUCUGAGGGAUUAGAAAGUGCCAUAUUUCGAUCAUACUUUGGUAAUUGGCCCAAAAUGGUGGAGACUACCCUUUAUGAGGAAGGUCGAGAAAAAGUGGCAGCAAUUUUUAAGUAUCAGGGUUAUGAUGUAAAAGAGCUGCCUGAAGAGCACAGUGAACCGCUUAUAAAUUGCAGGGGCAUGCUAAAAGUUUGGAGGGUGGAUGGUGAUAAAUUAUCACUUCUUUCAGAUGAAGAACAGACAAAACUUUUUAGUGGGGAUUGCUAUAUAGCACAGUUUACAUUCCCUGGAAAUGAGAGAGAUGAGACUCUAAUUUAUGCUUGGCUUGGUCACAGAUGUACCAAGGUGGACAAAACAUCAGCCAUUUCCCACAUCAAUGCUAUGGUUGAUUCGGUCAGAACUAAUCCAGUUGUGGCUCAGAUUCAUGAGGGUAAGGAGCCAACUCAGUUUUUUGAAAUUUUCCAGAGACUGUUUAUAUUUAAGGGGGGAAUCAGUUCGGGAUAUAAGAAUUUUAUAGAAGAAAGUGGUAUGAUGGAUGAAACUUAUGGUGAAAAGAAGGUAGCUCUUAUUCGAGUCCAAGGUACAAGUCCAGAUAAUAUGCAGGCCAUCCAAGUUGAUCAUGUUUCUGGCUCUCUCAACUCAUCCUAUUGCUAUAUUUUGCAAACUGGGGCAUCUGUCUUUACUUGGAUAGGGAGCCUAUCUACAGCUCAAGACCACAAUCUUCUUGAUCGAAUGGUGGAGCUGCUUAAUCCAACAUUGCAACCCAUAUCUGUGAGGGAAGGGAAUGAACCUACUGAUUUCUGGGAUACUCUUGGAGGAAAGGCAGAGUAUCCAAGAGAGAAAGAAAUUCAAAAACAUGCAGAGGAUCCUCAUUUGUUUGUAUUAAACAUAAAUGGAGGAGAUUUCAAGGUGAGGGAGAUCUACAAUUUUACACAGGAUGACUUAGUUACUGAAGACAUUUUAUUGCUUGACUGCCAAAAGGAGAUUUAUGUUUGGAUGGGCUUACAUUCAGUUGUCAGAUCAAAGCAAGAAGCUCUUAAUCUUGGCUUGAAAUUUAUUGAAAUGGACGUUCUAGUCGAGGAUUUAUCUCCAGAAACCCCUAUUUAUGUUGUCACUGAAGGCCAUGAGCCGCCACUUUUCACUCGUUUCUUUGUGUGGGACUACUCAAAGGCAAAUAUGCAUGGUAAUUCAUUUGAGCGGAAGCUUGCAAUUCUGAAAGGGAAGCAACACGCCCUAGAAGCUCACCAUAGAACCCCACGGAAAGCAAGCUCCAGGAACUCUACCCCUAAUGGUCAGAGAAGUCUUUCUGUCAGUUCCAAUGGGCGAGGAAGAAGUAGUUCACCUGCAUCGCUUGGCAUGCGCUCAGAUUAUAAGUCGCUGACACCAGAUUCAGUUGCAAAAAAGCUCUUCCACGGAUCUCCUUCUUAUAAUAGCCCUGUUUCAUUUUCAGCUUCUCCACCAGCGGAACCAAAUUUAUCAUCUGGGACUGCGGAAUCUCUUCAGAAGAACGGAAACAAGGAUAUUGAAAACUUACCAGUAUACCCAUAUGAUCGGCUGAGAGUGAUUUCUAGUAACCCAGUCGUUGGUAUCAAUGUGACUGUAAGAGAGGCAUAUCUGUCUGAUGAAGAGUUUCGUGAGAAAUUUGGGAUGACAAAAGCUGCCUUCUAUAAGCUUCCCAAGUGGAAACAGAACAAGCUGAAGAUGUCGCUUGAUCUAUUUUAGAGAAUGUGUGCUUGUGAAAAAAAGGCCUAAAAGAUGUUCAAGCUCGAGAAUUUCAGUAGUCCAGAGCUUAAAAAAAUAAGCCUGAAGGGCAUUCUUGACCUUCCAGCUUACUACGGUCAUAUUCAUCUUUUGAUUGAAUACGCUGUGAUUAUGUUUGUGGUGGGAAAUGCCACUCAGAGGAUUGCUUUUUGUUCUUUGUUUUUUGUUUUUUUUCUUUUGGUUUUUGUUCUGGCCUCAUUUUUAAUUGACUUGAAGACUUGUUAUCAUAGAGAGGGUUGGAGAGUUUUGUUUCCGAUGAAUUUAAAACAAGUGAAAGUGAUUGAUAUGACGAAGAUCAACAGUGUGAUUGUGGUA